AUGCGAACUGUAAAGAUACGAGACAAGGAACGUCAGACGCGCUCUGAGGUCCAGUGUAGCUUGAUCCUCAGUGACGAUCUGGUCGUGUCUACCGUAGGUCAACCUCUUCGAGUCAAAGGGCGACCUCGGGUCUCUGCAGACUCUGUCACAAGACUGGUCGAAUGCGGAGACCAUCAAAUUGACGUUGGGCAGAUCCUCACUAUAAAAGGAUCUCACAAACAAUGUGUCUGGAACUUCCAGGGUCCAAAGAACGCGAAGGUGAAAGCUACCUGUUUGAAAUUCGUUGUACCUUCUUCCAAGAAAUGUAAAUCGUCGUCUUUAGACGUGGCCUCCCCUGGUUCCAGUACAGUGAGUUUCUGUGGGCGGAAGAGCCGUAUGGUUAUCGACCGUAGUUCUAGCCAAGUAACCUUCACUAACAGACCUUCGUCAGGGAACGUCAACCGUUUCACUUGCGACAUUUACUUAGUAAUGCCAACAAGCGUCUCAGCCAACUGCAGCUGCGGCGCUGAAAACCCACCAGUCACCAGAAUCGUCGGAGGCACCACAACAAGUCCUGGACAGUACCCCUGGGUAGGAGCCAUCACCUUCAAUGGCAUGAAGAGGCCCUUCUGCUCUCUCACCUUACUCACUGACAGCCACGCUUUGACUGCUGCUCACUGCUUGGAUGGGAAGAAGAGGUCAAAGCUGAUUGCCGUUCUGGCCGAACACAAGAUCAAAGAUUUGACAGACACCCCUCGGACGAUCAGAAGGAUCAAGAAAAUCGCCUUUCAUCCAAAACACAGACCAGAUAGGGUCAACGUGGGUGACCUGGCUGUGGUGACAUUUGACUAUCCGAUGCCUCUGGAUCACUCUCUAAUUAGACCAGCGUGCUUGCCUUCUGAAAAUGCCCCUGAUUACGCAGGCACCGAUGCUCUUGUGGCCGGUUGGGGGUCAGUCGAUUCUAACCCUGAGAAUUACGCUAACAAACUCAAGGCUGCUGUCAUCCCAGUGUGGAGGAACCAGGACUGUCGCAACACAGGCUUUGGAAAUCUCAUACACGAUGACCUCCUGUGCGCUGGUUUUCCUGAAGGAGGCACAGACGCAUGUCUCGGUGACAGCGGAAGUCCGCUAACAAUAGCGGAUGGAAACAAGCACACCUUGGUGGGAGUUGUAUCUUUUGGGCAUCGUUGUGCCCUCCCGAAUUGGCCCGGUGUCUAUUCACGAAUUUCAGGAAGCCUUGCCUGGAUACAGAGAGAAAUAGCUGAUGGAAUUCGAUGUCAAAACGUAUAAUGUCAAAGUCCCUACCAUCCAAAAGAAGAAGAAAGUAAAAGUGGGAAUUACAAGAACUAAUUUAGGAAGCACAUUCCCAUUCAGUAGUUAGCACUUUCAGACUUCCUUGUUGCUUUCUAUAUAUGAAUUCACACCUAUAUACCUCAAUGGCAUUCUAAUAUGAGAUAUAUUCAUUUAUUUUAAAAAUCUCUCCCACUAAGACAAGGUUUUUGGAAAAUGUAAAAUGUACGUACCUUCAAAUACUAAUGCCAUGCAUGAGAACAGACUUCAAUACAGUAAAGUUCUAAAUUGCAAUUGUUUACCUACCACGUACCUUCGAAACACCAUCAAAAUAUGUCUAAAAGACAUGUUGAGACAGACAUAAAUUAAGUAAAAUUGAAA